UCGAAGUCCUAUUGAUUGGCAUUCAUCGGCAAACUUCAACUAUGUUUUAAGUUUAAAUACUUAAACCCUCUUCUCAUAUUCUUUGCUUAACCUAAGCAUCGACAAUCUCCAUUGGUGCCUUUCAGUUUAAAGGUUUCGGCUGGAUUUCCAAUUUUCUGGGAUUUACUAGCCAUGGACAAUCCAUUGGAAUAUUACGGUGAUGAUUCAAGUGAUCCUGAUGAAAAUGUGAAUUCUGAUUACGAAUAUGAUGAUGAUGCAAUUCUCUUGGCUGAGAAAGACGAUGAUUCCAACAAGGAUUUCAAGCCACAAAACUGUAGGGUCCUGAAGCUAGAAGAUGUUCGCCAACGCAUGGAGGAAGAUAUCGCUAACGUUUCCAGCGUCCUUUCUAUAUCAAAAGCUGAGGCAAGUAUAUUACUUCGCUACUUUCAUUGGUCUGUCAGCAAAGUUAAUGAUGUUUGGUUUGUUGAUGAGUCUGAAAUCCGUAAAAAACUUGGCUUGUUCGGGAAACCAGAAGUGGUUCAUCAUGAUGAUAGUGUAAUUAUAAUAUGUGGGAUCUGUUUUGAAUACUUUUCAUAUGAUGGGUUAUGUUCAGCUGCAUGUGGUCACCUUUAUUGUAAAGAAUGCUGGGCUAGUUACAUUACUACAUCGAUCAAUAAUGAUAACCUUAGGUGUUUGUCUCUAAGGUGUCCUGAACCGUCGUGUAAGGCGGUGGUGGAUCAGGACAUGGUUGACUCAUUAGUGUCGGAGGAAGACAGGAAGAAGUAUUCUGAGUUCAUGGUUAAGUCUUGCGUUGAAGAGAGCAGGAAUACAAAAUGGUGCCCUGGCCCAGGAUGUGAGUAUGUGAUUGAGUUCAUCGCUGGGGAAGGAAGCUUUGAUGUGACUUGCAUUUGUUUGGCGAGCUUUUGCUGGAACUGCGGCGAGGAAGGUCACCGUCCCUUAGAUUGCGAGACUGUUAAGCUUUGGCUUUCAAAGAACAUGUCGGAAUCUGAGAAUGUCAAUUACAUAUUAUCUUAUUGCAAGCCUUGUCCGAACUGUAAGAGACCCAUAGAAAAAAACCAGGGGUGUUCAAACAUGACGUGCAGGAUCUGUGGUCACAAUUUUUGCUGGACGUGCCUUUGUCCAAAUGGCUAUCAUCUUGCUUGUAACAUAUACAAAGCUUCGGAUACAGAAGCCUCGAGAAAAAUGAUGGGACAGAAAACUAUGCAGAAAUAUAUGCAUUAUUUUGAACGUUGGGAUGCUAAUAAAAGAUCCAAAGCAAAGGCUAUUGCAGGUUUCGGAAAUAUGAAGAAUGAGCAAUUCAAGCGGCUGAGUAAGAAACUGAAGAUUUCAGACGCAGAUUUCGAUUUUUUAUCUAAAGCCUGGCUGCAGAUAAUUGAAUGUAGAGGAAUUCUGGGGUGGAGUUUUGUGUAUGGAUACAAUUUGCCUGACAAUGAGCCUGCAAAGAAGCAGUUUUUUGGCUACUUGCAAGGGGAAGCAGAAUCUACACUGGAGAAGCUUCAUCACUGUGUGGAAAUUGAGAUACUGUCGUUUCUCAAUGUUAAUAAUCCAUUAGAGAAUUUCGAUGAUUACAGAAAUAAGUUAAUUAAACUGACUUUUGUGACAGGAAAUUACUUUGAGAAGCUGGUUAAAGCAUUAGAAAAUGAUCUACCUGGAGUCCAUGAGUCUAGCAGCGGCGGCAGCAGCAGCAGCAGCAGCUCUAAGUAUCAAUCAGAAGAUGAAUAUUGGAUUUGUGCUAGAUGUUCCCAUGCCAAUCCCUACUCUGUCAACAAAUGCAAAGGGUGUCCGGCUGAUGCUAAUCUUGCAAGGAUUAAUUUGGACUAUUUUCUUUUUAUGGUAAACAACAGAACAGAUUAUCAUUUUUAUCCACGUUAGCAACAGUUCUUUUUUACUGCUUUAUUUAUUUACUUGCUAGAUAACCAGGACUGAACCUCGCUGGUGCAUGGCUUUUUGUGUUUCUCAGUUUAAUAUUUUCUAUUCAGGGUUUAUUUAUUUAUUUAUUUACAUUGU